AUGCCAUCAGGAGAACCACGGAGAGCAUUACCGACGAUGGAAAGCGUUAAGCAUGUACUCAAGCUCAUGUCCGUUCUCCCACCGCCAUUACUCCCUCGAAUCUUCCCACACCCUCCCAAGACCAAAGUGAACGGCAUUCAGUCUUCAUAUAUUUCGAACAACCAACCCCCACCGUCAGCGUCUGAGAAACCCCCAGAAUCAGGCAAGGAAAUCAUCGUCACCCCAUCCGCGCAGAAGCGAAAGCGGCAGGACGAGGAGCCGCUUGCACUACCUGCCGUCAUCAGAUCGGAGAAAGAAGAUUCGCCUCCAAUGAAAAAGCUACGUACCAAUGGUGCGGGCUUUGAUGUCUCUCCGAUACCGGCUGCGCGUAUUGCUGGUGUGACGCUUGCGAGCCCUUCGGUGCCACCGUUGACACCGGAUGCGAGUGGGAAGCAUACGGGAGAUGCGGGGUUCGAUGCACCAAAGAGGAGACCAAAGGCGCAGUUGGUGAACAUGAGGAAUGCGCUCGUGAAGCAUAUCAGGCAGAACAAGAAGUCUGCCGAUCACCUCUGGGAAGACGGUGUGUUCCUCGAAACCGCCAUACCCGCGGACAGCCCGCAAAACGACCCUCAUCUAUCCUCGGUCAUCCAGAAAACGGACAGUCUGCUGUUCGGGCUUGUCGCCCUCUGGUGUGAAGACGAGCACAUGUCGGUAGAGAACGAGAUCUGGCGGAGCUACAGUGAGCCGUUCACAGAAUAUGCCGAAUGGAAGCGUGCUCGAGAGACAGAACCAUACCUCCCCUGUGCGCGCUGGCUGGGUGCUGUCCGGUGGACAAGAUACGUCCAGCGCGUGCAGGAGGUGCUCCGUUCUUGGGAACCCUACACAUCUUCCGCAUCCCCGACCAAGUCAGCAGCAGCCAGCAUCCUCCCCAGCGCUAUCGCGCUCACCCACUGGAUCCUAGCGAUCGCUCAUCUGUGGUGUGCCGAAGCCCACGUGCGGCACUCAGCGAUGGCCUCCCGCACCGCGUACAAAGAUGAGAAGCUCGGCGAGCUCAGACCGGGGGAAUACGACUACCUGCAAGACCGGACUUCACGAGCCCUCCUCCCUAUGCCUACGAGCGUGCCUAGGAGCGUCGUAGCAGCGAGGUACCACAGCGACAGGGUGACGAGCUACCUUGACCGCGCACGCAGCGUGCUCCUGGCCCCAGGCUUCCUGGCAAGCGAAUUCCCCAAGACGUGGGAGAACUGCACGCGUCUGCCCGAAAGUUCCAAGCCACCUCUGCCUCAGUCCCAGCCUCAACCAGCAGCAUUCGACCCCUGGUCCCCCGACCCGCUGUCGACGUACCGUGUCCCCUCGCAAGCUGCUGCGGACGCGUUCUCCUUCCAGUGGCCUCUGGACCUGCGUUGCCCAGCUACGCAUUUUGCCGCUUUUGGAAGGAGCUUGCUGUAUGAGUUUGGAGGACGGUGUUGGCCGAUGUGCGAGUUGGGGAAUAGGCCGUUCGGGCUUGGAGUGUGCUUUACCCGGCCGAAAGGGGAAAAAGACAGUGGGCUGCCGGUGCACUCACUUUGGCGAGCAUAG